AUGGCGGCAAGUGUCUCCACCUCAAUCCAGGCGGCCAUGGACCAGCAGUUCAACCACACCCAAGACCAGCAACAACCCUCUUGCUCUCAUGACGAUAUGACCUCGCAAGAUCCCUCAUUUCAACAGACCAUGAACUCUCAACAAAUGCAAAUGCAAGAGUACGACCAACAAGUAUUCCAGCAGCAACAGCAACAUUUUGAAGAGGCGCACCUAUGGCAACAGCAACAGCAACAGCAGCAACAAAAUUCAUUUAACGGGUUAGAUGACCCUACCAAUCAUCAACAGGACCAGUCUCUCCUCUCCCACGCCCACCUGAAGCCAGGCCACAAGGCCACCCUUCUUUCCUACACUCAGACACUGGAACUCUACCGCCAAAACGCCAAAAAGACCAACGACCCUGAGCUCCAGUUCGAGUUUGCAGCCUUUAUGAUCGACGCUGGCAAGCCCCUGGACGACCCACAGACCAGAGCAGAAUUGUUUGACGAGGCUAUGAAGCUGUUGAGAAAGCUCGCCACGAAUGGUCACGCAGAGUCGCAGCAUUACCUUGCCGAGUGCUUUGCCUCUGGAUUCGCACGGGGUAAACCUGACUUUGAUAAGGCUUUCCCGCUCUGGGUGCAGGCAUCUAAGCAUGGACAUCCCGAUGCUGCCUACCGGACGGCGCGGUGUUACGAUGAAGGACUGGGAACUCGCAAGGACAAUGCCAGAGCUGUCCAAUUCUAUAGGAAAGCGGCGUCUGCAAACCACCCAGGAGCAAUGUGGAGACUUGGAGUUGUCACCCUCUAUGGAGAGCUCGGACUGUCGGCUUCACCUCGCGAUGGUGUCAAGUGGUUGAAGCGAUCUGCUCAGGCAGCCACCCCUGAGUUCCCCUUUGCACUUUACGAACUGGCCCAGCUGCACGAGAGAGGUAUCGAGAACAUCGUCUUUAUCGACCCAGAGUACUCUGUUUCAUUGUAUUCUCAAGCUGCUGAGCUCGGACACGCUGCGUCUGCUUUCCGUCUCGGGGAGUGCUGGGAAUAUGGAAAACUGGGAAGCAAACAGGAUCCUCGCCUCUCGAUCCAUUACUAUACUUUGGCUGCUCAGCAGGAGCACCCAGAGGCAUGCUUUGCCUUGGCCGCCUGGUACCUUGUUGGUUCAGCAGGCAUCUUACCGCAGUCUGAUGCCGAGGCGUAUAUAUGGGCCAAGCGUGCCGCAGACAAGGACUUGCCCAAGGCUCUUUAUGCGAUGGGAUACUUCACCGAGGUUGGAAUUGGCCCACGCAAGGACAUGGAUCUCGCGAUUGAGUGGUACAAGAAGGCAUCUGAUGCAGGAGACAAGCGCGCUACCCAGCGUCUUGAGGGUAUACCUGUAGACGCGUCAAAGGACAAGAGCCGGGACGAGAAGUGCAUUAUCAUGUAA